CAGUCCCUUAUUCAGCAAUUGAUUCCCAUUGUCGUGAGUGUGUAAGUGUGUUGUGUCGUGUUGUUUUAUGGGUUUACAACAAAAAAUAAUAUUUUUUCUCAUGUUUACGCUCUGGACGUCACAGGACUAAUAGUGUAAACCUGUAGGUUAAGCGGGACUGUUUUUUUCCUUCCUAGUUCAGGGUUUGGCGUCUUCUCAGGUUACAACAUCCGCAGGACUUCGCACGGAACGAGCUAACGUUACUGAAGAGGAAGAGCGGAGCGAUGGCGUCCACCGUCCCGGUUCUUCUGCUCCUGUCUGCGGGUUUAUUCACGGCGACGUUCGCCGAUGAUGACUGCAAAAGCUACAUCAACAGUUAUAGUGUGCUGAAGCCUUCCAUUGACUGCAAGUUUAUACAGUUCUGUUGUGGGACGUGUGAUGACAGAUACUGCUGCAUUAAUCCACUUCAGAAGUUAUCCGAGGAUGACCAAGACAACUGUUUUUUCAAUGAUUAUACGUCUAUUGCUAUCGGUGUGACAGUAGCAGGGAUUGUGAUCUUAGUCGUUAUGUUCAUCGUCUGCUGCGUCUGCCCCUGCUGCUGCCUCUACAAAAUGUGCAGAAGUCCCAGACCUGUUAUGGGAGCAACAACCACUACAGUGAUAACCACACAAUAUCCUCAGCAGCCUGUCGUUCAGGGAGUUCAGUAUCCACCGUUCCAGCCCAUGCCACCUCAGGCCGUGUACGGCGGCACCCCAGCCUAUGCUGGAAAACCCAUGCCGACGGGACCCUAUCAGGGCCAGAUAUUCGCAGCGGGACCACCACCCACAUAUCAGGAGGCCGGAGGCCCAGGAUAUCCUGUUCCCUACAGCCAGGCACCGUACCCCAUGCAACCACCCGUUCAGCCCGGAUUCGCUCACCCACCCCCACCAACAGACUACAGCUCGACCCAACCAGCUUACAACCCCAACUACAUGGAGCCACCAAAGACCGGCUACUAAACCACAACCUGGGUUGUUGAUGAUUAUGUAGUUUUAUCCUACAAUUGCGGAAAUGUACAUCUACUGUGAAGCAGAUCACCCAGUUGGGUCGGGAAUUAAAUGAUCAGUGUUUGCUAUCAUUGCCGCUUUCAAGUCUGACAGCAAAGCGCGUUUUCUUUACACUUGAUUUUAUUUAAAUAUUCUUAUUUUAAUUUACUCCAGCCAUUGUUUGUCACUCCAAGCCAUAUAUGUUGGUUUCGUUAUGUUUGUUUUUCUCCACUAGGCAAUAGGGAAUAUGUUUUUUUCGAGCCUCAUAACUUACAUGCUUCAUCUUGAAAUGCCGUUAAGGCCCUUUCACGCCGAGAACAAUAACUAUAAAGAUAACGAUAUUAGCGUCUACACCAGCAAAUGAUAUUGUCUGUUUAAUCUAAUCACACGUGCGUCUGGCGCUUUAAAUUCUCGAGCUAAUUACAGCAAGCUUGAUUCUGAUUGGCUGUCAAUGUUUUUAUCGUUCAACAGGAAAGAAAAAUCGUUCUGAAAGUGAUUCCAAUGAUACCGUUUUUCUAUGGCUUUAUCGUUAUAGUUGUGGUGUGGACUCUGCUAUUCUUUAAUAUCGAGAACGAUUUUGAGAAUUAUAUCAUUAUCUUUAUAGUUAUUGUGCUUGGUGUGAACCAAGCACAAUAAGGCGCCUUAAAGCUCACACUUUAUUUUAUCCUGGGAAUUUGCACAAAACGUCGACACUUUAUCAGUUGGUACAUUCGAACGACACCAGCAUGCUGUUUAGAUGUUUUCAGAGGUUUACGCAUUUGUGAAUGUUUGUAACUGUGUUCUCGUGACGGAGAUCCAGAAUAUGCCUUGUUCAAUGCAGCAAAUUACACGUGGAUACCAUGUGUUCGGAUUAUUUUGAAUGUUGUAGUAAUUCCAUGUUUAUGAAGGAGGCGUCAGCACAGUUUAGUUUUUACUUGAGGGUCUGAAAUACAUUUGUAUAUCGCUGUGUGAGAAAGAGGUUUCGUUUGGUAAUGUUGUGACACGCUCUUACGUGUUAUGAAGUUUGGUCGUAUGUUAUCGACACCUCUCUCUGUAC